AUGCCCUCAUUCCCUGAUACGCCCUUGGUAAGGCCAAGGGACGAUGGCCUGCAGCUCAGCUAUCAACUCCCUCACCGCAUUCACGCUGCGAAAGGCUAUCCUAUCCUCGCCCCGAACGGCUCCUCGAUUAUCAUAUACGGCUAUGAGAAUGGAUUGAAGGUGGUCUGGAGAGGUGGAAGACGAUUUUCGGUCCCGAAAGCAGUGUCCCCGAACGGGAAUAAGUCGAAGAAGCCCAACGGUGGUGACGAUGCGGUCAUGAUCAUUGACUCGGACGAUGAGGACAGCCCAGAGCCGCAGAAAGAGGAGACUGUGUAUGAUUUUGAGGCGGAUGAGACAGAGGUUGACCCUGCCUAUCCUUUCGAAGAGAUUCUCCGACAGAUCGACAUCCCGUUGGGAAGCAAAGUUCUUGACUUGGCCGUGCCGCGUGUUCUCCCGGAGACUGCACGCUCAGCACUUGACCCUUUCCCGCCUCUGUUGAAGGAUUCAAUCGUGGUGGCCGCCGUCUGCGCAGACUUUUCGACGCGAAUCGUUACUCUCCCGUUGAAACCACCUCACCUUGUUCAGACCGAUCCGUCGACAUGGGACAUUCAGACGCUUUCCAUCGCUGGCGGAGUCUCUCACCAGGAGAUUCCGCGCGGUCUUUCGAUUACGUUUACUUGCCAGGAGGUGGAAAACAAUGGGAAUACAGCGGAAAGAUGGGAUCUUCUUGUGGCAACUCAUUCUGCGGAGGCGUCGGGCUUGCUUUUGAUACACCGGAUUGCACUAUUGGAGGAAUUCAAUCAUGACCAGGUCAGCUACCGGCUGUCAGACGAGGACAUCGAGUCUAGGAGACGCCAUUUGCCCGCUCCUGCCCAGACAAUCGCUUUUAAUCCGUCGGGAUACCCGUCAACCCGCCACUCAACUCUGCUUGUCGCAUUCCACGGAUGCGUGAAAAUCUACUCGUGCUUUUCGACCAAGCCAUCCAAGGCAUCGCGAAGGUCGGGUCCGCAGAGCGACUACGAGAUUACGGAGACGGAAGGAAGAUGGCUCAUUAGUCUCUUCCCUGGAUUUGAAUCAACGCCUUCGGGACUCCCACUUCGAAAGACGAUUAUUGACGCUGAUUGGGUGCUUGGAGGACGUGCAGUAAUGGUCUUGAUGGCUGACGGGGAAUGGGGAGUUUGGGACAUCGAGGGUGCUGGUCCGGGGACCGCCAAGGGACCUCUGCAACGCCAGUCCAGUGUUCAAGGAGUUACGGGAGGUUCUCUGACCACGUUCUCGGUCAGCGGCCGCAUUCUCAGUCCGCUGAGCAACAAGACGGACCCGGGCGAGACCGAUCAGCGACCGAAAUUCGCUCCCUUAACGCCAUCCACGAAGCGGGUGCGUGAGGACACUCUGCUCAAAGGCUCGGUCGGAACGUCCACCAGUCCAUCCAUGUGCGGUGAACUAUCCGUGUUCCAAACCAACUCGGCAAGAGACGCAUUGCCUGACGAGUCGGUUCUGCUGCGCCACGGAAGCCAGAGCGCGGUUAUUCCCAGCCUGCUAGCCCUAUGGCGCAACACAGUCAAAGCCGCCGGCACGUUCGACUCAUCGAACCGGUGCCGCGUGUCUACAAUCCAAGACGUUCACCUGAUGGGUGAGCACUUCACAGGCAUUGGUCAUCUCCCCGCAGCGUCUCGCCAAACUCGCAAGACCACGGACCGCCAUGAGUUCGACAUUCUCGUUACCGCAGAGCAUCGAGUAAUGAUCCUGGCCCCGCGACUGGUCGAGCCGCACUAUGAAUCGGCCUCUCGACCGGCAGAAGAACCAAUCCCUACAGAAGUAGAUCAACUCAUGCUCCGUCGUGGCGAACUCGACGUGAACGGCAUGGGCCGGGUGCUGAGCGGUAUGGCUAGUGGGAAUCGAUCACUUCGGAUGGGAAGUCCGAUCAAACGAGCGCGCAUCUUUACUUAA